ACGUGACCCACGCUACCCGCCAUCUUUGCUUAUCGUAUAAACAGUGCGACCGGGCUCCCUGCGAUUUCUAGUAGUAAAUCAGUGGUUUUCGUGUGUUUUUGAGUGAUUCCGGCACGAAGAAAUGUCUGAGAUAAAAGCGGAGACCAAGAACGAUAACAGUGUCGACGAUGUGUCUAAGGAUCAAACAGUCCAGGACAAACCAACUCCGACCAAAAAUAAACGUGGAGGUUCGAAAAGGCUGUCGACCUUAGAAAGAACAGCCCAGGAAGGCGAGGCCAUAUUAAAGGGUCUGAACACUUCCGUUGGAGAAGUUGAAGGCAGAAGGCGUACUCGCAGCUCGGCUCGGGGGCUAGGGAUUCCAACGCCCGCACCAUCUCCUCCCAAAAAGGAGAAAAAGGAAACUCCUGCUAAGGGUACGGGCCGUGGACGCGGGCGUCCGAAAAGACAAGAUAAAAACAAUGAAAACAAUGCGGAAGAAGAGAUUGUGAAUAAUAAAAAUGACAAGAGUUCAGUGGAAGAAUCGACAAAAAUGGAAGUUGAUGAAAUCAAAGAUGACGAAGUCGACAAGCCGUCGAGCGAAGAAAAGAGCCCCGAAGAGCCGGUAGAGAGCAAAGAGGUAACGGCGGUGGAAAAGAAACCAGAGACAAAUUCCAAGGAUGAGAAAACGACGGAGGAGCCGGAAGAUUUACGGGAAAACACCAAAAGCGAAACAGAUGCUAACGUAGCGAAAAAGGAUGAUAAAGAUGAUGAAGUGAAGGACAGUUCGGACUCGAGCCAAGAUGCAACGGAUGCGCCAGCCGACGUUCAACCUCCUACAUCACCUUCUUCGGAGCCCCAAAAAUCUGCUCCAGCUGCUACCUUGAGCCCAGCAACAGUUUCGCCGGCCACGGCUGCCAACACAGCCACCACUCCAACAGGCAAUACAACAACCAUUACUUCUACCACCAAUGAGGAUAAGAAGGAAUAACCUCCCUCCGCCUUCUUUAACCACAUCUUUCAUGUACCAAGGCGGCGCACACAUCGGGGUUCACAAAUCCAGUCCCCCUCCUCUAUUUUAACUAAGUGACACCUUAUUGUUAAUCGUCAUUCUAAUCAGCGCAUCUUUAUUACCAUAAUAUUAUUAUAAUUAUUAUGGAUAUUAUUAAAUUCUUAAAUUAAGCAUCUGAAAAACGAUCACUGUAGAUCAGGGAUGGCCACCCAAUCGAUAGUGGCUAUUAGAUCAGUCCAUCGUGACAAGGCAAAGAAAAAUACAUGACUUUUUCAAAAAAUAUUUCAUUCAAUUCUGUGGUGAAGAUUUGAGAUUGGUAGAUCGCACAGAGUCUAGACAGCAAACAGUAGAUCUUGGGUCUGAUUCCCUCUGCCAUCCCUGAUUUGGAUGCUUAUAAAAUUUUAUUCCUUUAUUUCUUCAGACACAACUCAAUUGAGGAUAAAUGAUAGAUGUUCACUUUUAAAUAUAAAAUUGCAUACAUAGAGGUACGACUUCUCGAAAAUAACUUUAUUGCUUGCCAAUAUGUAACACCUUUGAUCACGAUAGUUGUGCUGGUUAGCCGGCGUUAACAAAGUAUGGUGUAGAGCAUACAUUGUUCAUGUACAAUGAUAAUAUUAUUGUAAAAUAUAUUUAAUAUGGACUUAUAUAGAUCCGCUGUUUUCAAAUCCGAGCUCGGACCGGAGUUUUUUAUUGAAAAAAAAAAAAUAAAUAAAUAAAUAAAAAGAAAAUAUAAAGAUAAAAAAAAA